CGAGGAGACUCCUGUCACACGACUCUCCGCAGGAACAAGUGUGUUCCUCUCUCACGGCACCUCGAGCAUGUCCGCGCCAUGUCUUCGCGCUACAACAUCAGUAAGGUUUUCGUGGCAACUGAUGACACCCAAGUUGUCAACGAGCUGAGAAAAGCUGAGCCCGAGCUGACCUUUAUUUCCAUCCAGUCAUACGAUAGAAAUUCGUUGCAGUCGGGAGAUGCUGUUUGGCUUGAGAACCGGCUGGGAGCAGGAGAACUGAGCGGACACGAGCUGACUUUGUUCACUCUUCGGGAUCUCAUGCUGCUAGCUCAGGCUGACGCGCUUGUCGGUCACUUCUCCUCCAACCUCUCACGUCUCGCGUUUCUUCGAUCUCUAGCUCAUCAUGGUCGCCCGGUCCCAUACGCGUCGGUCGACGGGCCAUGGUGCUUUCACUGGCGCAUGUGCUGUAGAGUCUCCGCCUCCUUCCCCUUCUCCUCCGUCUGCUGAGCCUCAUCACCUUCUGUCCCUCAUCCCAUCCCUGCCCUGUCCCUUCUCUGCCCCUCCUACCGCUCCUCCUACCGCUCCUCCUACCGCUCCUCCUACCGCUCCUCCUACCGCUCCUCCUACCGCUCCUCCUUCUUACCCCUCCAACCUUCUUUUCUCCUCUCUCCUCUCCCAGCUUU